CGCGGCGCCGAAGGAGGGCGGGGCAGGGGCCCUGGGGUCAGUCUCAGCCUCCGGCACCGGCCGCGCAAGCUGGAGGCGGCGGAGCGGAAGCCCCAGCCAUGGCUGCAAUCCGAAAGAAGCUGGUGAUCGUGGGGGAUGGAGCCUGCGGGAAGACCUGCCUCCUCAUCGUCUUCAGCAAAGACCAGUUUCCUGAGGUCUAUGUCCCGACUGUCUUUGAGAACUACAUCGCGGACAUCGAGGUGGAUGGCAAGCAGGUGGAGCUGGCUCUGUGGGACACAGCAGGGCAGGAAGACUACGAUCGCCUGCGGCCUCUCUCCUACCCGGACACGGACGUCAUCCUCAUGUGCUUCUCCAUCGACAGCCCUGACAGUCUAGAAAACAUCCCAGAGAAGUGGACCCCGGAGGUGAAGCACUUCUGCCCCAAUGUGCCCAUCAUCCUCGUGGGGAAUAAGAAAGACCUGAGGCAAGACGAGCACACCAGGAGAGAGCUGGCCAAGAUGAAGCAGGAGCCUGUUCGGUCUGAGGAAGGCCGGGACAUGGCGAACCGCAUCAGUGCCUUUGGCUACCUGGAGUGCUCAGCCAAGACCAAGGAGGGGGUGCGGGAGGUAUUCGAGAUGGCCACUCGGGCUGGCCUGCAGGUCCGCAAGAACAAGCGCCGGAGGGGCUGUCCCAUUCUCUGAGACACCCCCGCCCCAGGCCUCCCCUGCUUGCCUUCCUCCCUUCGCCGGGGUGCAGAAUUCACCCUCCACUCCACUCUCCUAGGACUCCAUGCUGAAGGCUCCCUUUCCGGUUUCCUCCUGCCCAGGACUGCAUCUGAGUUCCCCGGCCCCCUCCCCCUCCAGGUGGCCGUGACAGGCCCAGCCUUCCGUGGGCAGAGCACCUCCUGCUGCUGCUGCUGCCCUGUCGGGGGGCAGGGCUCUGGCUCCUUUGGCCUUCUCCAGAGGACGGUCACACACCAGCACUUUAUGCACUUCUGGCUCCCGGGAGUGGGUCUGGAGUAAGGACUGGGGUUUCUGCUUUGGGCAGGGGCCUUGUCUCUGUACUUGGUGGGGGGCACGAAUAAAGGCCACAGGUCCCAACAUGUG